CCACCGGCUCCGUCACCGCUGUCAGCGGCUUCCCCCGGCGGGAGGAGAGAGCCCGGAGAGCACUUUUCCCCCGACUUUAGGAGUGUUUGUGGAUUUACAUGCCAAGCCUUCAAGAUGAUGUCCAUGAAUAGCAAACAGCCGCAUUUUGCCAUGCAUCCCACCCUACCUGAGCACAAAUACCCCACUCUACACUCCAGCUCGGAAGCAAUAAGAAGAGCAUGUCUACCAACUCCACCGCUGCAGAGCAAUAUCUUCGCCAGCCUCGAUGAGACCCUGCUGGCGCGGGCCGAGGCUCUGGCCGCCGUCGACAUCGCUGUCUCGCAGGGCAAGAGCCACCCGUUCAAGCCCGACGCCACAUACCACACCAUGAACAGUGUGCCCUGCACCUCCACCUCCACCGUGCCCCUGGCACACCACCAUCACCACCACCACCACCAUCACCAGGCGCUGGAGCCCGGCGACCUCCUCGACCACAUCACCUCCCCGUCCCUCGCUCUCAUGCCCGGCGGCGGCGGCGGCGGAGGCGGCGGCGGUGGCGGCCACGACGGGGCGGGCGGCGGCGGCGGCGGGGCCGGCAGCGGCGGGGGCGGCGGCGGCGGCGGCGGAGGCGGCGGCGGCCUCAUCUCCACCUCGGCCCACCCGCACUCGCACAUGCACGGUCUGGGCCACCUCUCGCACCCGGCCGCCAUGAACAUGCCGUCGGGGCUGCCGCACCCCGGGCUGGUGGCCGCGCACCACGGGGCCGCGGGGCAGGUGGCCUCGGCGGCGGCGGUGGUGGGGGCAGCCGGCCUGGCCUCCAUCUGCGACUCGGACACGGACCCACGAGAGCUGGAGGCCUUCGCCGAGCGCUUCAAGCAGCGCCGCAUCAAGCUGGGGGUGACCCAGGCCGACGUGGGCUCGGCUCUGGCCAACCUGAAGAUCCCGGGGGUGGGCUCCCUCAGCCAGAGCACCAUCUGCCGCUUCGAGUCCCUCACCCUCUCCCACAACAAUAUGAUCGCCCUCAAACCCAUCCUGCAGGCCUGGCUGGAGGAGGCCGAGGGCGCCCAGCGGGAAAAAAUGAACAAGCCCGAGCUCUUCAACGGGGGCGAGAAGAAGCGCAAGCGGACUUCCAUCGCCGCCCCAGAGAAGCGCUCACUGGAGGCGUACUUCGCCGUCCAGCCCCGGCCCUCCUCCGAGAAGAUCGCCGCCAUCGCCGAGAAAUUGGACCUCAAAAAGAACGUGGUGCGGGUUUGGUUUUGCAACCAGAGACAGAAGCAGAAACGGAUGAAAUUUUCCGCCACCUAUUAG